UUUCUCUCUUUAAGCAUUUCUUUAUCCCUAAAAAAAAAAAAAAAAAAAAAAAUCCCCUAAUCCAUAUGCAAUUAACCAAGGCCGGAACAAGCCAAUCUCCGGCCACUUUUUUACCCUUUUUUAUUUGCUUCUCAGGCAAUGUCGUCAACGGUACCUUCGCCGCCGGCAACUAACUUCCAUUCUCCGUCGUUAACCAUUAUUCUAGCUGUUGUUCUCCUUGUGUUCUUCAUCUUAGGAUUCUUUUCUGUAUAUUUCUGUAGGUGUUUCAUGGAAAAUCUAUUCAACUCUUGGAAUUUGCAAAGAACUCCUUCGGGAAAUCUUGUUGGACCUUCUGAUACCGUUAACCAUGGCCUUGAUCCUUUACUCAUAAAAUCUUUCCCAACAUUUUUAUAUUCAAGCAUCAAAGAUUUUCGAAGAGAGAAAUACGGUCUCGAAUGUGCAAUUUGUUUGGUGGAGUUCGAGGACCAAAGUUCACUUCGUCUUUUAACGGUUUGUUACCAUGUUUUCCAUCAAGAAUGCAUCGAUCUUUGGCUCGAAUCUCACACCACUUGUCCCGUUUGUCGUCGGAAUCUUGAUUCUCCGCCUCCUGAUGCUACCGUUGAAACUUACAACGAUUCGGUGUUGGAGCAUGUUAUAAGCAUUGACGUUGAUGAUGACCAUCAUGAUGAUGAUGGUGUGGGGGAAUGUAGAGAAAGUGAAGGUGAUAAUCGUCAACCGUCGUCACUACCACCACCACCACAAUCACAACAACCACCACCACCGGCAUUUGACAUGACGGUGGUGGACAAAAGCCAAAACCAGAAUAAACCCGAAAAGUUUUCGCGGUCGCAUUCGACGGGGCAUUCCAUAGCUAGGAAUAGGCAAGAGAAUGAAAAGGAAAAAGAAGAAGAAGAAGAAGAAGAAGAAGAAGAAGAUAGGUACACAUUGAGAGUUCCAGAGCAUGUGAAGCUAAAACUCAUACGAGGCCACCAUUGGACUAAAAGUUGUACAACUUAUGGUGAGCUUUGUAAGCAUAAAGCCAAUGGUGGUGCUGGUGGCUUCGGCGAGGUUUCUGGAUGUUCUUGUGCUGCCGCUGAUAAAACCAAAAAUUGAAACCCCCCCAACCCCCCCAAAAAAAAAAAAAGAAAAAAAAAAUGAAAAGAAAAUUCCCUCUUGUUUUCUUUUCGUUUAUAUUCGUUGUAGUUUUUCUUUUUUGGCUUUUGUUAACGAUCUUCUUCUUUCUCUUCUUAUACAAAAAAAAAAAAAAAAAAAAAGAAGGGAUUUAAUUAAGAUAUAAAAGUUUAUUAAAA